UUUACGCAAGCAGUAUUGACGCGCGCACGUGUACCUUAGCACGCAACGUCCUGCUUCUUGCGCAUGCGCUUUAGAGCUCGAGAGUGAUUUUGCGUUCCGGGCACUGAAUGGGAAUCAGCGACUUAUAACCGGAGAAGCUAUCGUCAUUAUGAACUCCAAGGCUCUUUCCUCACAGCUGAAGGACAGUGUCCCAAUCGCUGAGCUCUCUACUGAGUAUGGUGGAUAUGGAGUUCAGGAUACUCUCCGAGCUGGAUUUACCAGCGUGCAGAGUGAACUCUUACCAAGUCAUCCCUUAGAAAUGUCAGAGAAAAAUUUCCAGAUCAACCAAGAGAAAGUCAAUUUCUCUAGUCUAAGAAACAUCCAAGGCUUACAUGCUCCCUUGAAGCUGCAGAUGGAAUUAAAAGCAGCAAAGCAGAUUCAGCGUCUUCCAUUCCUGCAGAGCUCUAACAUCGCUCUGGACACCUUGAGAGGGAACGACGAAUGUAUCGGCUUUGAAGAUAUUCUCAAUGAUCCUGCUCAGUGCGAGAUGAUGGGAGAGCCGCACAUGAUGAUGGAGCACAAGUUUGGCCUGUUAUAAUAAAUUAUUUCAGCUACUUGAA